AUGCGUCCUUCUGCAGAAAGAAAUCAUUCAAUGAAAAUGGUUGAAUUCGAUGAUUUCGGCCUGCUUGCGCAAAUUGCAAGACGUGAUCUGGUUCGAUUACUGGAAUUGAAUCCCGAGCAGAAAGAUCUGAUAGUGGAGUCAUCGCUGACGAGACCCUUGGAUCGAAUCGCUUCGAUGUCCCUUUUGCAACAGCACAAUUGUGCUAGUGUGCAGCAGUUCUCGUCUGCUAACGGUAAUUUAUUCUGGAGUGAACAAGCACUACGUCGCGUUUAUUUGGUUCGAGCAACUAUUCGAAAUGCCAAACGAAUCUCAGAACACGUCCGCGCUGAGCCAGACCAUCAGUAUUCGGUGAUUUUUGUGCCGACAAAACUUUAUGUUUGUGAACUGGAACUGGAGAGGAAUGGUGUGUUCGGUAUGGUGGACAUCCACGAAAUGGAUUUACCACUGAUUGGCAUUGACUCGCAUUUGUUCACUCUGGAACUACCCACUUUCGUACAAUCAAUUCUCGUUGAUCAUACCUACACACAGCUGAGAACAGUGGCUAAAUCUCUCUGGCAACUUCAAACCCUGUACGGCUUGAUACCAACCAUUUACGGAGUGGGUGAAUUCAGUUUGUUGACGAAUCGACUGAUGAAGAAGCUCUAUACUGAGCUGGGUGAGCCACGUCCUUCAGCGGAUCAACCCGUAAGCCAUCUGUUUCUGAUGGAUCGAAAUUUGGAUCUGACAAGCGUUCUGUUGACCGGUUUAACCUACGAAUCAAUGCUGCACGAUACAUUUGAGAUAAGUUGUGGUAAGGUAACAUUCGGUGAUGAGGUGACGAAACGAAUGAAAAAUUCGCCGUCGUCGGCACAGAAGUCAGCAAAUCGCGCGGGUCGAGUGACUGCAUUGGAUAAUAAUGAUGCAAUCUUCUCAACAGUUCGUGAUAUGCAUAUGACGGCCGUAUUCCCAUUCCUGUCGGCCAAAGCGAAGUCAUUGCAAGCUAGUUACGAUAAAGGUACACAUUUGGAGCAAGUGAAACAAAUGAAAGAUUUCGUGUCGAAUGAGCUGAGAGCUUUGAAACAACAACAUAAACUGCUAGAGUUGCACAUUUGUGCAUGUGAAGUGGUACUGGAGAGUUGCAAAGGGAUGUCUGAUCGUUUAACAUUUGAACAUUCUUUGCUGAACGGCAGUUGUGAUCUGGAUGAGUUGAUGUCAUUUCUUGAAGAUACAAUGUGUCAGCAGCGAAAUCAGUGGCAAGUCCUGCUGCUAGCUUGCCUUUGGUCGAUGUGUCAGAAUGGAAUCCCGUCGAAGUAUUACGCUUCAUUUCGAAGUCAGUUCCUUAGAGCGUACGGUUACGAGUAUUUGCCGGCGUUGUACGCGCUCUCGAUACAAGGUCUUCUCAUGGAGCGUGGCUCUUCACAGAUGGUACCGGCGGUCCUGAAAACGCAUGCGAAUGCUGCCCUUUCAAUGCAGACACCGGUACCGCAGAUUGCUCGCUCGUCACACGCCUCCUCCAACCGACCCACUUUCCAAUAUUUGUGUCGUCGUAUGAGCCUGUUACCGACGAGCGAGGAUGCGGCCAUUGACCUACGAUCGCCGAAUCAAAUGCGUUACGUUUUUUCGGGUGCGUUCACUCCGGUACUGUGUCAAAUAGUCGGUGAUACUGUAACCAACGGUUGGAACCCUGCGGAAAUGAAGAAGACGUUCGGUGAUGCAGUUUUCUGCGAUGAGAAUUCGAACACUCCGGCUACUCGACCGCCAGAUAGUCGCAUACGCAAAGCGAUAAUGGUCUAUUUCAUUGGUGGUGUAACAUACGCCGAAAUCGCUGCGUUGAACAUUCUGGCACAACAGAACAGUUUCCGUAUUAUCGUCGCCACAACGAACAUUAUUCAUCGUGAACGUUUCAUCAAAGAAAUGGCCAACAAGCCUCGAGUCUAUGCAGCACCAUCUUCGCGUAUCGAACGAGCUCUUGCUGAUUGCGUUCCCUGCGUCAACGAGGUUUACCAUCCCAUUUGGUGGUGUCCAUUUGGUUUCUUGCAAACUGCCGUUUGUCAGCUUAUGCGAAGUCGUCCCACUUUACCGUUCGAACGCGAAAUCGUUUCUUUCGAAGAUGGCGGCAUAACGGCAAUUGACUGGAUGAAUGUUGAUGGUGUUCAAGAUCAUACACCGAUCGUCGUCUUUCUUCCUGGAAUUUGUGGGUCAACGCAUGAUUGUGCGUAUAUUCUACGUGCCGUCGUUGAAUGUAGGAAGCUUGGAUAUCGCUCUGUGGUUAUAAAUCCUCGUGGAUUGGGUGGCGUGCAACUGAAGACCUCUCGAACCUACAAUGCAGCCUGGACAUCAGAUCUUCGUCAUGUUCUAAAACUAAUCUCGAAUCGCUAUGUGAAAGCACCGAAAAUCGCUUGUGGAUUCUCGAUGGGCGGGAUGAUUUUAUGGAAUUAUUUGGCUGAAUGUACGUCGGCGAAAGCAGCGCAGUUGAACGGUGCCAUUUGCAUUUCAAGUCCGUUCGAUCCGGUUGAGGCGAGUCGUUCUAUCGAGAGAUUCUUUCCGCGAAUAUUCUUCAACAGCGUGUUGGCUAAUCAUUUGCGUGGAAUUGUUAGCCCAUACAAGGACUUAUUCGAAAGCCGUUGUAAUUGGGACGAAGUGAUGAUGUCGAAGACUGUGCGCGACUUUGACAAAGCCUUCACCGUACCGGUAUUCGGUUAUAAAGACUGCAAUGAAUACUAUCAUCAGGCAGCGCUCUAUUGGAAAGUGCAUCAAAUACCUGUACCAACUGUUUGCUUGAAUGCCGCUGAUGAUUGCUUCAGUCCAGUUGAUUCAAUUCCAUUUGCGGACGUGGUGCGCAGUGAGAAUGUGGCUGUAGUGGUCACUGAACAUGGAGGACAUACAGCGUUCAUGCGUGCUUCGAAUCCAGAAGAGCCAGGACUCGCCGAAGAACUUAUCAGACAGUAUACGUCUGCGAUAUUCAACCAUGAUGCUCUCAUAACACAGUGUGGAAAAUGA